AUGGACACUCCCAAAAAGCCUCAUGCUGUAUUUGUACCAUUUCCAGCACAGGGUCACGUAAAUCCCUUUAUGCAAUUAGCCAAACUCUUCCGUUGCAACGGUUUCCACAUAACCUUUGUCAACACUGAGUUCAACCACAAACGUCUGAUAAAGUCUCUUGGUGCAGAUUUCGUGAAAGGUCUCCCAGAUUUUCAAUUUGAAACCAUACCUGAUGGUUUACCAGAAUCAGAUAAGGAUGCAACACAGGAUGUUCCAACGUUGUGCGACUCAACUAGGAAAAACUGUUUUGGUCCAUUCAAAGAACUUGUGAUUAAGCUCAACACUUCAUCACCUUAUCCAGUUACUUGCAUAAUUGCUGAUGGCAUUAUGGGCUUUGCUGGAAGUGUGGCAAAAGAUUUGGGCAUUCCGGAGUCACAGUUUUGGACAGCUUCUGCUUGUGGUUUUGUCGGAUAUUUGCAAUAUGAUGAGCUUGUCGAUAGAGGAAUUCUUCCAUUCAAAGGUGACCAAGCCAUUUCCUUUACCAUUAUGAUUAAUAAUAAAGUUUUUGGCCUUGCAACAAUCUAUGCUUCAACCAACUACAUCAAAAGAAGAUACAUGUGGGCAGACUUAACCAGCAUUUUGGGAAAAAAAUCUAGAGUCAAUUGGCUUCUUGAUUGUGAAAUAAACACCAAGUUUUUUUCAUAA